UUAAAGCGCGAAGCUCAGCGGUUUAACGGUACGGCAGUCGGGAGGGACAUUCAGAGGACAGCGGACCCACCAGAGGUUCCGAUGGGAUCUGGGUCUAAGGGUUGGUGACAUGACAGUUGGGUCGGAACCGAGCCGUCCGUCUCACCAUGUCAGCCCCAGGUGACCCAGAUGCAGGGGAUCUGGUUCCUGCCGCUCCUUCCCGGCCCGCUCUGGCAGCCAAGGCCCUGUCGGAACCGUUCGGGAGGCUCCGGUACCGGGACACCUCCCUGCUGAUCUGGCAGCAGCAGCAGCUGGAGCUCCAGUCGGGACCGCCCGCCACUUACCUGACCCGGAGCCAGUCCACCUGGUACAGCAGCUACGGGAACCAGGCGGUACUGAUCCGGAACCGCAGAGGCCUGCAGGGCUCCGAGGGCCAGUCCAGAAUCUGUAGCGUCAUGUAGAACAGAAACAGGGCCCGGCUGGACCCAGAAUGUGUGGUUGGUCCCUCUGGCGUGUCAGCAGGGGGGUCGAACCUAGAACAGGUGCUGCUGUCUGGGAAGGACCCGGUUCUGUUGGACCUCCUGGCUCAAACUAGGAUCAGCUGACCAGAACCA